UUAUGUGUUGUUCCAGCCAUUGUCUGUGGAGGAACAUGGCAGAAACCAGUAUUUCAGUGGCUGAGGAUCAGUUCAGCUGUCCGGUCUGUCUGGAUCUACUGAAGGAUCCAGUGACCAUCCCCUGUGGACACAGUUACUGUAUGAACUGCAUUACAGACUGCUGGAAUAAAGAUGAUCAGAAGGGAAUUUACAGCUGCCCUGAGUGCAGACAGACCUUCACCCCAAGACCUGCUUUAAACAAGAAUGUGAUACUGGCUGAAAUGGUGGACAACCUGAAGAAGACAAGACCUGCUCUCAUUUAUGCUGGACCUGGAGAUGUGGAGUGUGAUGUCUGUACUGGAAGAAAACGCAAAGCUAUAAAGUCCUGUCUGAUAUGUCUGGAAUCAUACUGUCAAAGUCAUUUUGAGUGUCAUGAGGAAUCUCGUGCAAGGAAACGACACAAAGUGACUGAUGCCACUGGACGAAUCCGGGAGAUGAUCUGCUCUCAACAUGACAGACCGCUGGAGGUUUUUUGUCGUUCUGACCAGAAGUGUAUUUGUUUGAUGUGUCUGAUGGAUGACCAUAAAAAUCACAAUACUGUUUCGGCUGAAGCAGAGAGGACAGAGAAACAGAAACAGGUUGGAGAGACAGUGAUAACUGUACAGAAGAAAAUUCAAGAGAGACAAACAGAGCUUCAGAAGCUGAGAAAGUCUGUGCAGAGUCACAAGCGCUCCGCACAGGCAGCAGUGGAGGACAGUGAGAGGAUCUUUACUGAACUGAUCCGCUCCAUUGAGAGAAGAUGCUCUGAGGUGAUACAGAUGAUCCGAGAUCGAGAAAAGGCUGAAGUGAGUCGAGCUGAAGGACUCUUAGAGCAACUGCAGCAGGAGAUUGAUGAUCUGAGGAGGAGAAAUGCUGAGCUGAAGCAGCUUUUACACACAGACCAUCAUAUCCAUUUCCUACAGAGUUUCCCGUUUCUUUCUGUUCCUCCUGCAUCUUCAGACAGCACCACUGUCAGUUCUCUACUCACUUAUGAAGAUGUGAGAAGCUCUGUCUCUAUAAUAAGUAGGAAAUUUGGGAUUUUCUGCAGAGAGGAGAUAGAAAAGAUACCUGGUGGAGUGAAAUACAGUAUCAUUCCCAAUAUCAAAAUCCUCACACCCAUCACUGAACCCAAAACAAGAGAAGACUUCUUACACUAUUACCAUCAGUUUACUCUGGAUUCAGAGUCGGUGCAUAAAAACAUUUGUCUGUCUGAGGAGAACAAAGUGGCUGCUUGCACUGCUAUAGUGCAGCCGUAUCCAGAUCAUCCAGACAGAUUUGAUGUUUGGCCUCAGGUGUUGUGUAGAGAGAGUGUGUGUGAACGCUGUUACUGGGAGGUGGAGUGGAGUGGCACUCGCGGUGUGGGAAUAUCAGUGUCAUAUAAGAGCAUCAGCAGGAAGGGACAUUAUAAUGAAAGUAAAUUUGGAUAUAAUGAUCAGUCCUGGAGAUUGUUCUGCUCUCACUCUCUAUAUUUAUUUAGUUACAAAAACAAAAAAUCUGAACUCCCUGUAUUCCCCAGCUCCUGUAGAGUAGGAGUGUAUGUGGAUCACAGAGCAGGAAUUCUGUCCUUCUACAGCGUCUCUGACACAAUGACCCUCAUACACAGAGUCCAGACCACAUUCACUCAACCGCUCUAUCCCGGGUUUGGCAUAACUCAGGACUCAACAGUGAAACUGUGUCAUUUAGCAGUAUAGAUAAAGUAGAGAUUCUACAAAUCCUCACAAUAUGACAGUUAUGGGCUAUAUAUUAUGGAGUAAUAAUAUUUUA